AUGGCCUGUGUGUUUAGAUUUGUCAGUAACUGCAAAAAGAUUAUAACAGGAGAGCCUAUUGAACUCGUAAAGGCAACCGCAGGGCAGCUGAAAUUAGUUAUGCCGCACACAAAACCGACAAAGCGUCUGCCUCUUACGCAGGAAGAACUACUUAAAGCAGAAACAUAUCUUUUUAAAAUGAUACAAGCAGAGGCAUACGGUGGAGAUCUCAAGGUACUAUUGCACAACAAGGAGAAGCCAGUUUCUCAGUGGCUAACAGUAGAAACCUCGAGUCCCUUGUAUAAAUUGGCCCCUCUAAUCGACGAACGUGGGCUGGUACGAAUGGAAGGUAGAACGAAGAAUGCUUCCUUUCUGCCGUUUGACCUUCGUUUCCCGAUAGUAUUGCCGAAAGAUCAUCCAGUGACAGCUAAGCUCAUUCAUCAUUACCAUGAGAAGUUCGGUCACGGUUACAGGGAAACAGUAAAAAACGAACUUAAGCAACGGUUUUAUAUUGCGUCGAUAAGCAGAUUGGUGCCGAGAGUUGCAAAAGAUUGCAUGUGGUGUAAAGUCAAACGCAAUCGUCCAGUGACACCGAGGAUGGCACCGUUACCCAUCCAGAGAUUAAUCCCGUUUCAACGUCCGUUUAGCUUUGUUGGGAUCGACUAUUUAGGGCCUUUCGAGGUAUCUGUCAAUCGACGAAAGGAAAAGCGCUGGAUUGUUUUGUUUACGUGUAUGGUGGUGAGAGCUAUCCAUCUAGAGAUCGCACAUAGCUUAACCACCCAGGCUUGUUUGAUGUCUAUUAGAAGAUUCAUUUGUCGCCGGGGACCACCUCUGGAAAUUUUCUCCGAUAACGGCACGAACCUGAAAGGAGCAAGCAAAGAAUUAGCGAGAAUUAUUUGUGCAAUAAACGAAGAUUGCGGCAGCGAAUUAACAACUACUCGAACUAAAUGGAACUUCAAUCCUCCUGCCGCUCCGCAUAUGGGGGGCGUGUGGGAGCGCUUAGUGAGAUCCACUAAAGAAGCGUUGGCGGUAAUCGACGAAGGAGGCCGAUUAACCGAUGAAGUUCUGCUAACAUCGAUUUGCGAAGUAGAAGAUAUGAUAAAUUCACGGCCAUUGACCUACGUAUCACAAGAAGCCGAUGAGAUUGACACGCUGACACCAAACCAUUUUCUCAGAGGUGUAGCACCAAAUGAACCUGUGUUGACUCCACCGCCACCCUGUGCUGCCGAAGCACUCCGGAGCAACUAUCAUCGAUCGCAGCAAUUAGCAACGGAGAUGUGGAACCGAUGGUUAAAGGAAUAUAUACCUUCCGUGAACCGAAUGACCAGGUGGUAUGGAGAAGCGAAACCGUUACGAGCAGGAGAUUUAGUCUAUAUAGUGGAGGGGACUAAACGUAAGUUAUGUGUGCGCGGGGUAGUUCAAGAACCGAUAAUCGCCAGCGACGGGCGCAUUCGACAAGCAUGGAUCAAGACGAACAGUGGCGUUUUUAAAAGAGCUACAGCUGUGUUGGCUGUUCUAGAGAUAGAUGAUGGUAACACCGGGCCGACAACAGAAUCGGACCCAGAAUUACGGACCGGGGAAAUGUUGCGAACAGCCCCCCGAUCGGGCGAAAACGAUACAUUUGGCAACACUAGGCGAGAAAGAGGCACUGAGAAACAGGAAGAGAACAUGUAA